AGGAGACCGACGGACUUAGUAGAAACGCCGGCUUAGCCCCUCUGACUGAAUUUUUGCAAAUAGAAGAAGAUACUGAUACCCUAGACCACCCUAAAAAGAGUCUAAUUCUCCGGUCACGUACAAUGAAGCCUAAGUUGAGUAGCCGACAACUACUGUUGCAGAUGUUUCAGGCUCUCGACUAACAAUGACCGCGUGAACUACGCAUCUUCUUCGAGAGCACCUCCAGCACCCGGCGCAACAAUCAGAAAGUAUCCCCUCCUCCGAACUCCAAAGCACGGCAAAGGACGACGCGCAUGAUGAUGAAGAUGAAUGCCCCGCCAGUACUAGAAGAUGCUGAAGACGAACAACCUCGACACCUCCAAGCGGGAUUGCUCCAGCGCCUAACGAACAAAAUGACAGCGACCUCCACCCCGGCGAAACUCACCCCACAACCGACCCCAGCCGCGGACUCUGCCGGCGCGGGGGGCAGUGGUUCCAUUUUUUCGUGGUCCCCAGGUAGAAACAAGAACACUUUCACUAGUGAAAGAACGCCUAGAAGUGCAGCUGGCAAAAGAACCCUCUUCGGCCGCAACUCCAACAACUUGCCAGGAGCUGCUGCUGCUGAUCUUCUUCCCAGCGCUUCUUGUAAUUCUAUCGCGGACCGAGAACAACAAGACCGAGACCCUCAUGCAUCUCCAGGUCACGACCCUCUUCACGCUGCUGGCCCGCGUGACCACAGCAGCCCCAGUUUUUGCCGGCGUCGGUUCUCGGGGGCUGGGUUGGAAGCUACUUCCACCGUGAAAAAGAAGAUGAUCAGCCGGAACAAGAUGUCUACUAGUUCAGGUUCCCCAGCAUCGAACAAGAUGAAGAGGAGGGCAAGUAGAUUCACGGCGUUUGGUGCAGCUGGAAAAAGACUACUUGGUGCCGUAUCAAAUGUAAAAAUGUCUGGGUCUGGAAGAUUCUGAGACUUGUCGUGCAUGUUUUGCCUGGGCUAUGAUGUCUGUGAUGCAUGCCCUAGCAUCACAGAUUUUUUGAGGGCUUCGCGAUGCCUAUUGCGCAUGACAAAUGCCCUCUCCGCGUAGAAGAAAUUGCACUCUCUUUGCUGCUCAUGCAAUACAGAUUUUUUAAUUUUUUGGAAUCCAAAUUCAGCAUCACGAGUUGCAUUCUUCGAGACCCAGAGACUUUUACAUUUGAUAUGCCGGAAUAACGAGCAAUAGUAAUGAAGAACAGGACAGUGACAAAGAAGAUGAAGAUGUGGAUGACGUCAGCAGCCGCGGGAGUAGUUCUUGCUGUAGUGAAGAUGAUCUGCAACUUCACGAAGAUGAUGAGGAGCGAGGCAACUCCACAAAAAGCCCCCCUGCAUCAAAAUUUUGGUUCUUCUCCCUCUUUGGAAACAUGUUUCCUUUUCAACAGACGAAGAACAGCAACCGGAAAGAAGGUGACCGGCACGACGCGAACGUCGAAAAGCUAGUCUGCGAAGACGUGAAAAGUGAUGCGAAGUUGGAAAACGGUUUUGGAGAAGGAGAUCUCCUUAGAAGUAAAAAUAUGGACGACGACGUCCGCAACCACGAGGACCACAUUGAAGGUCGCGACUACAACAGCAUUCAUGGACAAGCCGAUAUUAUCACAGAGGACGACUCGUCUUCGUCAGAAAUGAAACAAGAAGACCUGCAAAUCCUGAUGUACAACCACUAUCCAAAGAAGUCCUGGGGCGCCUAUGCGCUGGCGCAACUCCAGAAGCCGCGCCUUUCCCGUCGCUUGGAUGUGUUUACGACGAGUAGUACUUCUCCUUCUCCAGAUGCGGUGGACCUGAACCCCCACGUCGACUUUUCUGACAAUGACACCGGUACUAGCUGGAAGCCGGCGCCAGUACCAAAAGUAGAACAUGGCACAGACCAGAAGAACUGGGGCGCGUGGCUGCUCGGAACAAAAAAAGCGACGGAGGUUAAGAGAAAAGAGAAAAUGAUGAAGAUUGCGGGAGAUGAAACAGUUGUUGUUACCAGAACCGGUACAGAUACGAAAGAUCAAAGGAAAGACUCAGUGGCCCGAUUUGCUGGCCCGAAAGGAGUAGAAAACGACACGACCGUUCUUGGAGGGCCACUACUACAACACUCGGCAAUUACUACCACGCCUCUACUGCCGGUUCUUGUUCCCAGCAACAAGUCGCUGAAGGACAGCAUGGUGCAGCGGCCUACCUUCCCGGGCUAUCGCUCGACGUGCUCGGAGGACCAUUCCGAUGAUUUCCCUUCCGAGGACGAGGAGGACUCCGACGUGGAAACCGACUCAGAAAUUCUGGAAGAAAUGCUUCUCGACUACGAAGACGAUGAAGCAUGUGAUUUAGGAACUGCAGGACUUCUCACUGACGAGGACUCGGAUAGUUCCUCCAAUCCAGACAGCGAGGGGGACCGUGAAGUCGAACAACAGGACGACGACGGGGACGGAGCAACAGGCGCUACAAGGAAAAGCUCGUCCUGCUUCCGAGGUAUGAACGAAACGUCGUCGUCAAAAACGGGUUCUUCAAUAUUCAAAAAAUUCUCGAAAAGAAAUACCGGCACAGCAAUGAUUAAGAAGUGGAAAACCUACCUCGCAAAACUGCUCACCCUGCAGUACUACCGAAGAAAGUGGAACUUUUUGAACAAGGUCUGCGCCGAAGUAGAAUUCUUCUAUCUGCAAGAAAAACACAACCUGGCUGCGGAGAUGAAGACCGAUAGUACCGACCAGAUGAACUUCGAUUAUUUGAAUAAACGAGCGGGAACUACAUCAACUUCUAAAAACACCCUGCGGGCCCCUGCUGUUGAAGAACAACAUCUACUUUUUUGUGAUCCAGAACGAGUCGUCGACGUUAACUCGCUGAGUUGCUUUGCCAUUUGGCGGAAAAUCUUAUCCCGGCAGGUCCGGAUAAUGGGGGAGAGGCGGUACAACAACCACAGUUACGCGCCUUUAUUGCGGGAGAAGAACGACAGGACGAAGCAAGGGGCAGAAGCGUCCCGCGGCCCGCAGCAAGGCUGGGAUGUUUCACUGUCAUCAUCUUGUCGAAGUCUCGAGAUGAAAAGAAUGUGGCAGGAGCGGACGAGGCGGCUUUUGAUGUGCAUUCUGGUUUUUCUUUUUGUCGCGGUCGCGAUUCUAUUGCUACUAUUUCCCUCGUCCACGGCCGCUCCUCCAGUUGCGUUGGUCAAAGAUGUGAUGCUCACCAGCGUUCCCUCCCUCUACUCGCUGUUUUUGUCCGGCACUUCUACAAUCUUCACGCUCGAGCACGACGCAAGCCUGCACAGAGAGGACAACUACAUCCGCGACGCGCAGCCGCGGUUUGGCGACGAAUUUCCCGGGCAGUUGUGGUCGAGGACCGUAAAUAAAAUCCUUGCCGGCGUCGGCGUGCAGGAAGGCGACAGCGGAAGCGGAAGCAAAUACAAUUUUCAUCUGAACGAAGAGGAAGUAGACCAUCAAGAACUCGGGUUCGAUGAACACGCGUUGGACCAGCAGGAGCAGCAUGCUUUCUCCCACGACCUCCACGCCGCACCAUCUCUACUAUUUCCGGAAGUAGACGUUGACCUUCAACUUCAUGCGGUUGUGAAAACCCUUGACAUGCGGAACAACUUCUUCCAAGAAGCGCUCAUUACAUUCGUCUCGGACGAGGUCGUGGCACUGCAACUACAGCAUUUUGAUAGUAACAUGAACCACACCUCCACCUCCGUUUUUCCUCCGAAGCCGCUUUUCGCCUCCGUUCCGUUUCAUUUGCCGAUGGACAAGGUCGUUUCGGGAGCGACCAAGAGGCAGAAAAAAACCACCUCCGCAGAGUCAGCAGUACUUCUACAAAAGGCGGUAAUGCACCAAGACGACGACACUGCACGAGGACUCCCGUCUUACGAAAUCCUCGAGGGCCGCGACGGAGAAGAAACUGAUCAACAUCUCCUCCUCUUCAGGGAUUUGUUGAAGAAGAAAUCCCCGGAGGAGAAGUUCCUGCAGAGAAUGCGAGCGGUUGCGCCCGCCUGGUCUACUGGAAUAAAGACCGAGGAGGAUGAAAAUGGCGAAAAAAAUCUUCAAAGUCAUCUUCUUACAAAACCAGCAUCAAGUUUCCGUCGUGUACGACGAAAAAAGCGUAGUACCUUGGUUGACUUCAAGUUCUACGGAAUCAAGGAGGAGUUUUUAUCGCUGCCACUAGGAGCAGACGUUGAAGAAGACAUGCUGUUUUUAUCCGACCACGGGCACCAGGACGAGUACGAAAACAACUCCGUGGCGGAAGUAGAUGCAGACACUGCCCCUUCCGACAACGACGUUUUCUUCUUCCACGCAAACGGCACCACAAGUGGUGGCCCCCACUUGGAGCAAGGUUCGGAGCCGGAAAAACUUGUGCAACACGUCGGGGACGAGCUCGCCGGGAUCGCCGAUGUAUUAGACGAGCCGGAGUCCUCUGCUUGUUGUUCUUCUGAGACCCCGGUCGUGACCCGCAUGCCAGAUAAUUUCAUCGUAAACGAGAACGUCACGACUUGGGAAAGAAAUCACCACCAUCCGAACGAACGGCAGACUGACCAAGCGACAGCUGCAUCUCUCCGAGGUCGCGUUCUUGUGGUCGAUCAAAAUGAGAACGAACAGGAAGCCCUUGAUGAGAACAAAACGCACACAGAUCAUCAUGAUCUUCUUCCACUCGCGGAAGUCGACGCUGUCGCCUCUACUGCACCGAACACGGCCGCGCAAAGAACGGAUGAAGAGGAGAUACAUAUUCGUGUGCAAAAUAACCUCACUGGUCCUGCUUCGCCGGCCAACAGGACCAUGUACAAGCGCAACCAACUCACCAAAACCCGCAGAGAGGAAGUACAACGCAUCACGACCUCCUGCGAAGCACCAGGUGGACGUAAUUUUGAAUCGCACCCGCACGACAACAACCCCCUGGCCCUCACUCCAUUGAACAUCCAAAUUCUACGUGGAACCUCUUCGGGAACGAACUCCCACCUCACCUCAACCGCGGUAGGUGAGGACUUUUGGUCUUCCUACCUGCUGAAAUUCGGCAGCUGGUACUUUUCGACGCGAGCAAGCAACCACUUUUCCUCUUACCAGCAACUCAUUGCUUUGGCGAGGGAAAAGCGGAACUGGGUCGUAAUGGGAAAGGUCGCGCAGAUGACCAUGGCAGUUGCUGUGCCCCCGCCGGCUUUGCAGGACGAAGACGAAAGAACCCCGAGCGGCGCUCCAGGUCGUACUGCUGCAGCUCCUCCAUUCGAAGUUUCCUCGUCCUCUGGAGCUGGGCUGCUUGAUCAUUCUAUGUCUACUACGCCAAGAGUCGCAGACGUACGGAAAAUUCGUGUGCGCACCUGUCGGGCGGAAGAUGAUCGCGUUGACACAGGAACAUCAAGUAGAAGUCUCGAUAGUGCUGGUACAUCAAACACCGAAGUACAGGGGUGGACGUGGACUGACGCGAAGAGCGGCGCGCAGCUACCUCACCCGACGCACUUUCACCUUAUCGCGAACGACUUGUUUCACUUGGGAACGUUUCAUUUUGUGGACGAGCAAGGAGAAAUACCGAAUCGGGAAAAAUCUGUGACUGCUCCUGGUGCGAGACAGGAUUCGCCGACAUCUCCUGUUGGUGUCGACGAGUCCUCUCUCGGGGUAGUUGUACCCGGCGGAGGACAAACGACGACGACCGAGCACGACUUCUUUCUCGAGCAGGACGUGGACGAGCAGGCCUCUUCCUCUUUCGGCCCUAACCGUGAGACCAAGGAGUAUAAGAAUGUUGGCAAGCUGCCAGAAGAAGCAGGUGAGGAUAAACGGCAUCUUCUGCGCAAAGACGGACAACUGCACUCCUUGAGCUUCCGUUUCCACGGUGCCGGACCCUGGAUUUGCCUUCGCGGCGUGGAGGUGUUUGUGGAGGGACCAGAAGCGGGGAGAUAACAUACCACGGUCGUGGCAUUGUGACUUGAUUAAUUGAAAAUGAAUACAAUUUUUGUUGGCUAGUAUGCGUUUGUAAGAUAAGGAUAAAAUCAAUAUUUAUUGCAAUGAUCGAACAGGCCAGCACCCGAUUAGCAAAACCAAAAUGAACUCGUGCAGACAUCAGAGCACACUUUCGCUUUCUUGCAGCAAACGCAAAAAGUCGUGAACUACAUAGUGAGCUGGUUUUUCUUUCCAUAUCAAAGAACGAGUCUGGGCUUUUGCAGGACUAGAUCCAAGUUUCUGUCCUUCAAUUAUGAGCUUCAAUUCCACGACUUCUUGAGUGAACUCCAGCGCUUUUCGCGCGCUCGCAGUUUCAAAGGUUGCUAUCCCUUUUCUGAACUAAGUAAGUCUAAGUGGCGGGUCGUUGCGCCGUUACUACUCCGUUAUUUUCAACGAAGUGCUGAUUUUUUGUAUCAGCUCGGAGCCGAUGAUGUGUUGUGAACUUUUUUUGGCCGCUUUUUCCUAGAACUUCUUGCCGGCGGUAGUUUUGUAUUGGAAAUUCUCCUAUUUCUGUUUCGCGCAACGAAACGAGAGCAACGAGUUCAUCGUUGUCACGACUUUAUUCACUUCGAGCUGCACGAAAUACAGCACGAAAGACUUUGAUUAACUAGCUGUUAGAUAAAGCAAGCACUGAAUGAAUUUAGAAAUGGCCGAAGUUUGCUGUCUUGAGGAGUAU